AUGCGGAAGCCGUCGUGCCUCGGCAACUCGCCGAUGCUGCGCGCGCUGCGCUACGCCGAGACUUCAGACCCCGAGGAGGACUGGGCAUACCGGGCCACGUGGACUUUGGCGAUUUCACUUUGUGCCACAGCGACGCCAGCGGCCUCGAGGCGUUUGACCGGCGCGACGGCGGUGAGUGGAGGCAAUUACCCGCGGGGCGGCUGCACUUCCUGGCCGCGGCUGGACUGGAGAGGAAGAGCGGCGGCGCGGUCUUGCCUGUGUGCACCGUAUUCGGGGAAGGACAUGAUUCGGCAUCAAGCGGCUUGUCUCCGUAACAAUUCGCCGAGUCUCAGUAUUUCUUUGAAUAGGUUUCGGUAACAAGUUUUAGUAUUCCUUGGACAGCGCUUGUCUUUAAGGAUUCAUAUUUGUGUUCUAA